GAACAAAGGUUACUCUCUUCCAGCUAAUCCAUGAAUAUGAAGUAGGAAGUGUGGCUUAUCUCUAAACCUGGGUUUGGUCUUAAGCAAGCAGUAAGACAAGUAUUGGAACAUUCUGAAGAGUAAGAAUGCCACUGACAGCUACAUGGGCACAGUACAUGCCAAUCAUUCACGCAGAGUAAGAUACACCAAGGAACUGGGAGUUUCUGUGCUCGCACACAAAGAGCAAGGGUGCCAAUGACAUCUGCCUUCCACACACUACCGGGGGAAGACUUGUCUGUAAGCAAAGGAGCCGAAAGCACAACCAUGGCCAUUCCCAGGGGGAAAACAACAAAGGGGUUACAACAGCGAACAGUUUGAUGCAGUAAUUGGUACAGGGAGGCUGCUGUAACUGAUUCAUCACCUGUCCUCCAGUACUGAAUCCAUUGGUUCUACGCCAUCCGUGUUCACCUCAUGAAGCUGAUCAGCAAACUGGAUCGCCUUCUGCAGCCGCUCCACACCCUCGGAGUCACGGAAAUCCACCAAGGCCAAGUGUUCCAAGUGAUCCAGCACGUCCACCGUCACCUUCUGCGGCACAAACACAGACAAACCCGACUAUGAUGUAGUGCUACUUCCCUUUUGUUAACGGGGAGCUCGUUGCACGGCAAGCCCCGGUUACAGCCGCCGGGACACGCUGGCUGCUUUCCUGGAACCGAGCUCGUGUUCUCUCUGCCGAGCUAAGGGCAAACAGGAGCUCAUUCCAGUACCUCAGCGCGGGGGCAGGAACCGCCCGGGGCCGCCUCCCGCUCCCUCCGGCCCGGCUGCGGUACCUGCGGGGAGCCCGGUCCGCCCGAUGGGGCCCGGACAGCGCCGCGGAGCCACCGGCUGACGGACAGCACCCGCAUAGCGCUCUCCCGACGGCGCGCCGGCAACGUCACCGCGCUGCGCCGGAAGCGUGUCAGAGCGGCGGCGCGGCGGGCCCGGUGAGGUGCCGGGGCUCGCCGCCGCGAUGAACAGCGUCGGGGAGGCGUGCACCGAGCUGAAGCGGGAGUACGACCAGUGCUUCAACCGCUGGUUCGCGGACAAGUUCCUCAAGGGCGACAGCGCCGGAGACCCCUGCGGGCAGCUCUUCAAGCGCUACCAGCUCUGCGUGCAGAAAGCUAUCAAGGAAAAGGACAUACCCAUUGAAGGCCUGGAGUUCAUGGGUGCAAACAAAGGAAAAACUGAAAAUUCCUCUUGACCACAGCUGCAUGGAUGAAAUCACCAACAGGAACCUUUGACCUAAGGAACACCACCAGGCAGGCGGCUCGACGCCACCUGGAUAUGACCUUUGUUAAAGCUGCUUUCUAGAAGCCAGGCACCUUCUCUGCUCUUUAAAAAACCAAAACAAGACUGGAUGAUGUGGUAACUGCCUCCUUUUCGGUGACUUUUGGUGGUGGUUCAGCAUCUAACAGCGUGCAAAGGCCUUUGAACUCACUUCUCAGUGAAUGUACUCUCUAGUGGGAGAAUGCUUCUUAGAGUGGGCUGAGGUAGUAGUUGCUUUGUGACUGAUUUCUCUUGCUUAUUUAUAUAACACUUGAGAAUGUUUAAAAAGUAGUAUGAAAGAGGUGGAUUUCCUUUGUGUCCUCCCUGUGCUGCUGAAUUUUGGUGGAAGAAGUUUCUUUUAUAUGAUCCUGAAUGCUGAGGGACUAAACCAGGGUUUUGAAUCAGCAACAGAGGUGGUAUGAAAGCACUCUACUGGACCUGCAGUAACAUAGCUCCAGUAAAUAUAACUAGGUUAUGUUUUGUUCUGACCGUGACCUCUAGGAAGGCCGAAAUGUGAACAGGACACUUUUAAUACUUCUCCAUACUUUUCUGAGGUACUGAAACAAUCCUAAACUGGAAAUCUCUCUCCUUUAGCAUUACAUGUUCCUGCAGUAAAACUGCAGCACAGCCUUGGCCAUCCUUUUCCACAUUACCACAAAGCACUGGGGUGGCCACCAUCACAGUUAGGCUUUUGGUUGUGGUGGUUAAAGUGUGUGCGGAACGAGGGAACCAAUGGGUUGAAACUUGACAGGUGGUGAUGUUAAAAUCCCUAACUGCUGCUGAGGAAUAUCUCCUGCUCAUGAAGCUGCUCUUGAGCUGUGUGUCCUUUGUGCCUAGGAAAGCAAACAAAAGCUUCAUGUGCUGGUUUGUGAACUGCAGAAACACUCACAGCAACUAAAGUGUUUGUCUUAGUCCCCCAAACGGGGCUAAGAGAAAAUGCCUUUAUGAUGUUAAUAAAUACUGCAAUAGCUAAUUAUGGAGAA